AUGGCGGCAGCCGAGCCUGAUCCAGAGCCUGAGGCUCGCAAUUGCUCGGACAACACGAGCAAAUCCACCAACAACUUGCCCAAGACGCACACGGAUCAUACAGGGGAGAACAAGAAGUUGAUGAGCAAAACGAAGGAAGGCAAAGGCAGCAAACAACAGGCCAACAAGGAGAACGUGACAAGAGUGGUGGUUGUAGCUCUGACCCCUGAUAGGCAAAGAGAAACGUGGAACAAGAAGGUGGAAUUCUUGUUGGCCGUUGUAGGAUUCGCCGUGGACCUAGGGAAUGUCUGGAGGUUUCCCUACAUCUGCUACCAAAAUGGAGGAGGUGCCUUUUUGAUUCCUUACACCAUCAUGCUCAUUUUCGGAGGGCUUCCACUGUUCUACAUGGAACUAGCUUUGGGACAAUUCCAUCGAAGCGGUUGUCUCACCAUAUGGAAGAGAAUUUGUCCAGCUCUCAAAGGUGUGGGAUACGCCAUCUGUCUCAUCGACAUCUACAUGGGCAUGUACUAUAACACGAUCAUCGGAUGGGCCUUGUACUACCUCAUAGCAUCUUUUCAGUCUGAGCUUCCUUGGACGUCUUGCAGGAACGAAUGGAAUACGCCUCAUUGUAGACCGGUGGUCGAGUAUCUUCCGAACACGUCAGCUUCCAGUCCAGCAAGGGAGUUUUUCGAGAGAGAAGUUUUGGAGCAAUACAAAUCAGAUGGUCUGAACAGAAUGGGUCCUGUGAAACCAGCUUUGGCAGUUUGUGUUUUUGCUGUGUUUGUCCUGGUUUAUUUUUCUUUAUGGAAAGGAGUGAGGAGUACAGGCAAGGCGGUGUGGAUAACAGCUCUCGCUCCCUAUGUCGUCCUGAUCAUCCUGCUUUUCAGAGGGGUCACCCUUCCCGGAGCAGCCGAAGGCAUUCGAUAUUAUCUCACCCCGGAGUGGGACAAACUCUACAACUCCAAGGUCUGGAUAGACGCUGCCUCGCAAAUUUUCUUCUCAUUGGGCCCAGGUUUCGGCACCCUUCUGGCUCUAUCUAGCUACAACAAGUUCAACAACAACUGCUACAGGGACGCCAUUCUCACUAGUAGCAUCAAUUGUCUGACCAGCUUUCUGGCGGGCUUCGUCAUAUUCUCCGUUCUGGGCUACAUGGCCCACGUACAGCACAAGAGCAUAGAAGAAGUCGGUUUGGAGGGCCCUGGCCUGGUGUUCAUCGUGUACCCCGAGGCCAUAGCGAUGAUGAGCGGCUCGGUGUUCUGGUCCAUCAUCUUCUUCCUUAUGCUGAUCACCCUGGGCCUGGACAGCACCUUCGGCGGCCUGGAGGCCAUGAUUACGGCGCUGUGCGACGAGUAUCCGAAGGCGCUCGGCAGACAUCGGGAGACGUUCGUGGCUUUCCUGUUGCUGGGGAUAUACAUUUGUGCCUUGCCGACGACUACUUAUGGUGGAGUCUACUUAGUGAAUAUGCUGAACAUAUACGGUCCGGGCUUGGCCAUUCUGUUCGUGGUGUUCGUAGAAGCGGCGGGAGUUUGUUGGAUAUACGGCACCGACAAUUUUUCCAGGGACAUCGAAAAAAUGAUUGGCCACAGGCCCGGACUGUUCUGGAGGAUAUGCUGGAAGUACAUCAGUCCAGUGUUCAUUUUGAUUAUUUUCGUGUUUUCGCUUCUCAGCCAUGAGCAGAUGCUUGGUACGGAGUACGCGUAUCCGGAAUGGAGUCUCAAAGUCGGAUACGCUCUCACAGCAUCCUCCAUACUUUGCAUUCCCGUUUACAUCGUAUACAAGUUCGCCAUCACUCCAGGAAGCUUAGUCCAGAGAUGGAAGAUGAUUUGGCAGGCUGAACACUCGUCUGAUAACAGCGCUUUGACGUAUUGCGCAGGAACCGAGGUGUGA